CCUAGGAAUAACCAGACCGCUCACGUAUCCUGUGAGGCAGAACGGGAGGUGCAUGGCCAAGAUGAUCCUGUGCGUGUGGCUCUUAUCCGCCUCCAUCACGCUGCCGCCGCUCUUCGGCUGGGCCCAGAACGUCAACGAUGAAAAGGUUUGCUUGAUCAGCCAAGACUUUGGCUACACCAUUUACUCCACUGCAGUCGCCUUUUACAUUCCCAUGUCGGUGAUGCUUUUCAUGUACUACCAGAUUUACAAAGCUGCUAAGAGGAGUGCUGCCAAACACAAGUUUGCUGGUUUUCCCCGGGCAGAAGAAAUAGAAGGAAUAUCUGUGAAUGGAGUUAUUAAACUGCACAAAGAAUCUGAAGAAUGUGCUAAUUUUUCACGACUCCUUAAGCAUGAGAAGAAAAAUAUUUCCAUUUUUAAAAGAGAACAGAAAGCUGCCACUACCCUUGGAAUUAUCGUUGGGGCUUUCACUGUGUGCUGGCUGCCAUUUUUCCUGCUCUCAACUGCCAGGCCCUUCAUCUGUGGCACAGCGUGCAGCUGUAUCCCGCUGUGGGUUGAAAGAACAUUUCUAUGGUUGGGUUAUGCCAACUCUCUCAUCAACCCUUUUAUAUACGCCUUCUUCAAUCGGGACCUGAGGACAACGUACCGCAACCUCCUGCAGUGCCGGUACCGGAACAUCAACCGGAAGCUCUCGGCCGCGGGCAUGCAUGAGGCUCUGAAGCUUGCAGAAAAGCCAGAAUUUGUCCUGUGAGGUUGCUUGCCCUUUAUUAGGAUAAUUUAUUGUUUUAUCACAUUAACUUGUUUCUGCAAAUUUGAAAGAAGGGUUAUUGGAAGAAAAAGCAUUCCUGAGUGC